CUUAGGCCUUGUGCUUGUUUAAUUUUCUUGGUAUAAAAGUAAGUGUGCUAUCUCUACACGAAAUCUUGUACUUGAAAAAUUCAGAAAGAUAUCAAUCUCUCUCUCUCUCUCUCUCUCUCUCUCUCUCUCGCUCUCGUUCUCUUCUAAAAAUCAGUCUCUGGCUUCGAAUUUUUCAGAUAGAGAUCCACGCUUUUUGUUUUUCUUUCACAUCCCAUUUUUUUUUUUUUUUGGAUGCGAUAACGAUGCCUGCGGCGGAGGUAAAGAAUCUGCGCAACAAUGACUCGCUAGCCAUGACUCUCUGGCUGAAAAAAAUGAAGUCUAUGCCAAUGCAAGAAGAUGAAGAAGCCAAAGUAGUGAAAAAGAAGAUGGAAAAUAAAAAUUCGGCAGAAAACAAGAAAACUUGCAUAUGUGCUCCAACCAACCAUGCUGGAUCCUUUAGAUGCCAUCUUCACCGAGUGAAUGCUGCUGCAAGAAAGCCAUCAUGGAUGGUUGAAAAAGACAGUAAUGCAAAUUUCAAUCUUGUGGAUGUUCAGAAGAUGAACAAGGUUGAUGGCCAUGCUAGAAUAUCCAGGUUUGGCAGAGCUGCUUCUGCGAGGAGUUCUCAUGACAAAUUGCCAAUUUCAACAAUGGCCUCAGCCAAGCCAGAGGAGGUCAAGUGAUAGUUAUUUUGGAUUUUCCUAGUUUAGUUGUAAAUAUUGUUUUCACUUUUUACUGCUGUCAUAGUUACUUACAGUUUUUUUUUUUUUUUUUUUUUUUUUUGGUAAUUAAGUCA